UGGAUGAUUUAAAAAGUUAAAAAUGUUGUUUGAUGCUUUUUAUACGGGUUGACUAGUCGUGUUUCAAGCAGUUUAUUAGUGCAUUUUAAACGAACGUUAUAUCGCUGUUUUGAGUAUCCGAAGAAAGACACACGUGGGAGCAACAAGAUGGCGACCUCCAUGGAAGACGAUUUCAAAUUUACUUUGGAGGUGCAUUUUGCCCAAAGAUUGGCCGGAAAUUUCCCCAAAGCUCGAGAGAGGACGGUGAAAAAACUAAAGAGAUGGAUAUCUGCACGAUCUACAAAACAGGGCGAUGUUGGAAUGGAGGAGGAGCUGCUGCGUCUAUGGAAGGGUCUAUUCUACUGUAUGUGGAUGUGUGACAAGCCACUCGUCCAAGAAGAACUGGCGGACAAGAUUGCUGACCUGAUUCACAGCUUCUCAACACCACUAGGAGCGAUUAAUUUCUUUGACGCAUUCCUCCUCACAAUGAAGAGAGAGUGGCUCGGAAUAGACAGACUAAGAAUGGAUAAGUUUUUUAUGUUUAUCCGUCGCUGUUUACGCCAAGCAUUGGUCAUCCUAAGAAAUAACAACUGGGAAGAAAGUGUUGUUGACCGGUUCCUGGAGGUGCUUUGCAAGACUCCACUGUGUGGCAUCUCCGACGCGUCAUCAGACGGUCUGUGCUAUCAUUUCAUUGAUAUCUACAAAGAUGAGUUGGCUCUCUGUGCUGGCAACGAGCUGACACCAGAGCAAGUUUUGAAACUGAUUGAUCCGUUCUGUGUACUGGUUACCACUGCCCACAGUAAAACUCUAAUGAAAGUCACCUUACGAGGAUUCUUUCAAGAGAUCAUCGAUGAGUCGGACGUUGGGUUUCCAGUAGACUCUGAUGACGAAGAUGAAGGUAUCGACUCUGGGGAGGAUGAGAAGGGAGACGGGGUCCCAGACGAGGUGGAAGAGAACGAUGAUGACGAUACAAACGAGAAGGAGAUGAAGCCUGUGAGGAAAGAACUGCCAAAGUUAAAGUACAACUAUGCAGCGAUUGCAGACCGUCUGUUUGCCCUGGCCAGCAAAGAGUCCAUCCCAGGACCUUACAGGAGGAAAGUCUACGCCAUGGUGAAAAAAUUCCGCGAUCUUAAAGAAGGCGUGUUCCCCGACUACAACGUGGCGUCACUUCUGAACUACCAAGACGAUGGACCAGAGUUCAUCUAUGGUGAUCGCCCCUGGCUCAAGAACUUGGACAGAGAGAGGGAUGGGAAGCCAUUCAAGAAGAGGAAAGCUUCUAAGGAGGUUGAGAGAGAAGAUGAUGAAGAGGGAGACGAGGAGCCAAAAAGGAAGAGGAGAAGGCGAAGAAAGAGGAAACAGUUUAAGAAUUCGGCUGCGACUGAAGAUGAGCAGGCCACAGGUGUUGAAGAGAUGAGUCACGCGUCGACAGAUGUCAAGGCUGACACAGACAGCAAGGCGUCUACUGGAGAAGAAGUCACAGAUAAGAAACAAAAGAAGAAUAAGAGAAAAUCAGAUGGUGAUCAAGUCGUUCAAGAGGACAUCCAGAAAACGACUGAUGAGGAUGUUGAAGAGAUGAGUGAGACGUCGACAGCGAAACAGGCGGGAGAUGUCACAGCUGACACCAAGGAAUCUGCUGGAGAAGAAGUCACAGUUAAGAAACAGAAGAAGAAGAAGAAGAGAAAAUCAGAUGGUGAUCAAGUCGUUCAAGAGGACAUCCAGAAGACGACCGAUGAGGAAGAUUCCAAGAUGGGUGCUCUAGAAACUAAAGAAUCUUGCGAGACAGUCGGAGUUGAUUUGGAGGAGAGUCCGGCGAAGUCGACCAAGAAACGCAAGAAGAGGAAAUCAAAAAGCAACCUACCUGAAACAACUGAAUCAGAUAAAACACCAGAGAAGACCCCAGAGAAAACUGAGAAACCUGAAACUGCUGAGCCUGAGCUUCUAGUGAAUCUAGAAAAACCACGGAGUCAAAAGAAGAGAAAGCAACCGAAGCCUGAGAAGCCAUUUGCAGCAUUCCAGCGUACGAGCACACCCCCUGCGUUUGUGCGUCGCUCAGCAGCACGUAAAGAUACUGAACCACAGAGUGAGCCACCCAGUCGAAAGGGAAUUCUACUGUCUGACGAUACGGACUCUGACCAGGCCACGCCCAAGAAACGAGUCAAGAUUGUCCUAGGACUCAACAAAGCACAUGCUUCCAAAGACUACCAAAUACAACUCCAAUCGAGUCCAGGAAUUCCUUUCGACGGAUCCAAGCAGCCUACACAGUCAGUCCUGAAGACCCCCAGCCCGAAACAACGCCAAUUUACCGGGAAAAAGACCAAGGCAUCCCCCUUCCAAACCCCAAGCCCCGAACCUCAACCCUCAGCAGGGAAGAAACAGCCUACCCCAGGCUCCGGUAAAAAGCAAUCCCCCAAAGAAAAGAUCAUGGCUCUCCGAAGGUCAUUAAGACUCAAUAGAACCAAAAAGCAAAAAUGAGACUGUGAUAGGGAAAAUGAAACGGAGAUACGAAGACUGUAUCUUCAUUUAUCUUUUUCAGUGCCAAGGUUGUAAUAAUUAUUACAAACAAUUAUGGGUUCUUAAGUUGCGCUUUAUCACACCCUAUAGACGUAUCGAAGCGCUCAGUAUUUUUUGUUAUGCAAGGUAUGUCAUGUAUGUAGGGCUACGAUUUUGUAGCGCAAUCCCAAAAAGAAAAGAUCAUGGCUCUCUGAAGAUCUUUAAGAUUUGAUAGAUCCAGGAGGCAAACAUGAGACUGUGAUA